GGGGGGCAGGAAGCGCGCGGCGGGUUUCCGGCAUGGCGGCCAGCCUGGAGGCCAUCCGCUACCGCCGCGGCUCCCUCGCCAUCCUCAACCAGCUCCUGCUGCCGGAGCAGCUGCGCUAUGAACGCGUGGACGGCGUGGAGCGAGCGUGGGAGGCCAUCCGCGCCAUGGAGGUGCGGGGAGCCCCGGCCAUCGCGCUCGUGGGGUGCCUGAGCCUGGCGCUGGAGCUGGCGGCGGGCGCGGGGCCCGCGGGGGACGCGGCGGCGCUGGAGGCCUUCGUGGGCGAGCGGCUGCGGGUGCUGCAAACGGCGAGACCCACCGCCGCCAACCUGGGCCGCGAGGCCGAGCGGCUGCGCGCCUUCGUGCGCCGGCGGGCGCGGAGCCCCGGCCUCACCGCGCGGGGGCUGCGGGAGAGCAUCAUUGAGCACAUCGAGGGGCUGCUGGCGAAGGACCGGGAGGACAACCGGCGCAUCGGGGCGCACGGGGCCCAGCACAUCCUCCAGCGCGUCCCCGAGGGCGGCGUCACCCUCCUCACCCACUGCAACACCGGCACGCUGGCCACCGCCGGCUACGGCACCGCCCUGGGCGUCGUGCGGGCGCUGCACGGGCAGGGCCGGCUGGCGCGGGUGUUCUGCACCGAGACGCGGCCCUACAACCAGGGCGGGCGGCUGACGGCCUUCGAGCUGCUGCACGAGCACGUCCCCGCCACCCUCAUCGCCGACAGCGCCGCCGCCGCCGCCAUGCGGGACCGCGGCGUCCAGGCCGUGGUGGUGGGAGCCGACCGCGUGGCCGCCAACGGUGACACGGCCAACAAGAUCGGCACGUACCAGCUGGCGGUGGCGGCGCGGCACCACGGCAUCCCCUUCUACGUGGCGGCCCCCAGCUCCUCCUGCGACCCGGCGCUGCCCAGCGGCGCCGACAUCCCCAUCGAGGAGCGGCCGGGCCAGGAGCUCACCCACCUCCAGGGGCUGUGCCUGGCUCCCCCGGGUAUCGACGUGUGGAACCCGGCCUUCGACGUCACCCCCCAUGACCUCAUCACGGGGGGCAUCGUCACCGAGUGGGGGGUCUUCGCCCCCGGGGAGCUGCGCGAGGCACUGGCGGCGAGGGGCGCCGCUGGGGGGCAGUAAAGGCCUUUUCCGGUCUGGGAAAAA